GUGUAUCUGCCAAAAUGAUGGAAACGGAGGAUUCAGACCUGAGAAAGCUGUUAAAGGAGAAGGAUGAUGAAAUAGAAAGACUAAAGAAGCUCCUGACUAUAAAGACACCUGCCGUUGUUGAAGAGAAAGACAUUUUUGUACAAAGUGAUGAUCGACCUGCAGUAAGGGAGAAGCUGAAUAAUGCAGAGAUAUCACGUUACAGUCGACAACUCAUCUUACCUGAAAUAGGUGUCAAAGGUCAGUUGUCAAUCAGCUCAGCGUCUGUGUUGGUUGUUGGUGCUGGUGGACUGGGAUGUCCAUCCAGUAUUUACCUAGCCGCAGCUGGAAUAGGGAGGAUAGGGUUGGUGGACUAUGAUGAGGUAGAGUUGACUAACCUCCACAGACAGAUCCUACACACAGAGGCUAAAGUUGGUGUCACCAAAUCAGCCUCAGCAGCACAUGCUUGUAAAAGCUUAAAUUCACAUGUGGAAUGUAUUCCUUACCACCUGCAGCUAAACAGUUCUAACGCCUUACAACUUAUAAAACAAUAUGAUAUUGUGCUGGAUGCCACAGAUAAUGUAGCCACCAGGUAUCUCCUCAAUGAUGCCUGUAUCCUAGCCAACAAGCCACUCGUCUCGGGCAGUGCUCUCAGGUUUGAGGGACAACUUACAGUGUACAACUACGACGGCGGUCCCUGCUACAGAUGUCUAUACCCCAAACCUCCGCCUCCAGAGACUGUCACUAACUGUUCUGAUGGGGGGGUCCUGGGAGUCGUGCCUGGGACUAUUGGCUGUUUACAGGCCUUGGAGGCUAUCAAAAUAGCCGCUGGUAUUGGGCCUUCAUUCUCACAAGUGAUGCUUAUGUUUGACGGCCUGGAUGGUACAUUUAGAAGGAUAAAGCUCAGGGGGAGACAACCUUCAUGUCCAUUGUGUGGCACCCAACCUUCGAUAACACAGUUGAUCGACUAUGAACAGUUUUGUGGGGCCAGGGCGGAUGACAAGGACAAGUGUUUGAAGGUGUUAGACCCUGCACACAGAAUCACAGUACAUGAGUACAACAAGAUGCUAGAGACGGGUUCUAAUCACAUCCUGGUGGAUGUCAGAACGGAAGUGGAAAUGGACAUCUGUCGGUUACCUCAUCAGCCUAUCAAUAUACCUAUAAAUAGGAUUGGGCAGGAGGAGAGCAUUGCCACAAUACAAAGACGACUUACAAUAUCAGAGGAGAAACCUUCAGUGGUUGUUGUAUGUCGCCGUGGUAACGACUCACAAAUCGCAGUGGAAACACUUCUCAAAUGUUUUAAAGACUCGGAUUUGGAUAUUAAAGACAUCCGUGGUGGUCUUCAUGCCUGGGCUAAACAUAUUGAUACAAACUUUCCUGUUUACUGAUCACUGUUUACAGUAAACAACUUGACCGGUGAGAAUACCUGGUAGGAUUUCUAGAA